CACACAUCUCUCUUCUAUUUACCACCACCACCCACAUUCCCUUCGAAACCCUAACUCCUUUUCUUUUUUCCCCAAAGUUGCCUUCGAAGCCCUAAAUCAAUUCUCUUUCUCUCAACAGAUUUCCCGAGAAAGUUCUCAAUUCUAGCUGUUUAAACAGUUAAUUCCUAAUGGCUUCAAAGUCCAAAAGCGAUAAUCCUCACUCCGGCGAUGGUGCCAGCCCUGGGAAAAUUUUUAUAGGAGGAUUGGCUAAAGACACCACGUAUGCUACUUUUAAUAAACACUUCGGAAGGUAUGGGGAAAUAACUGACUCAGUAAUUAUGAAAGAUCGGUACACGGGUCAGCCUAGAGGGUUUGGUUUUAUUACUUAUGCUGAUCCUUCAGUUGUUGAUAAAGUUAUCGAGGACACUCAUGUUAUUCAUGGCAAACAGGUGGAGAUAAAGAGGACAAUUCCUAAAGGUUCUGGGCAAUCAAAGGAUUUUAAGACGAAGAAAAUAUUUGUUGGUGGAAUUCCAUCAUCAGUCACUGAAGAUGAGUUCAAGGGUUUCUUCUCCAAGUAUGGGCAAGUGGUGGAACACCAGAUUAUACGUGAUCAUGAAACCAAUCGUUCACGAGGUUUUGGAUUUAUUAUUUUUGACAGUGAAGAAACUGUAGAUGAAAUGUUAUCCAAUGGAAAUAUGAUUGAUAUGGCCGGUACUCAGGUGGAGAUCAAGAAAGCUGAACCAAAGAAAGCCUCAAACCCACCACCUGCUCCUUCAUAUGGUAGCAACUCUAGGGGUCGUUCUUACAAUGACAGCUAUGGUGGAUUUGGAGGUUCUUAUGGGGGGUUUGAUGGAGGGUUUGGGCCUGGUCCCUAUAGGACUCCUGGGAGUCUGGGUGGUAGACUUAGUAGUGCAUAUGGGUACGGUAGUGGUGGUGGGGACUUUGGUGGGAGUUAUGGAAGUUUUGGAGGGAGUAGCCUAGGAGGUUACCGAGGUGAAUCUUCCCUUGGUUAUUCUGGUCGAUUUGGACCUUAUGGUGGCGGGUUUGGUGGAGGUUAUGGUGGUAGUGGUUUAGGUGGUUAUGGUAGCGGAGGUGAAGGGUAUGGAAGUUAUGGAGGUACAGGAUACGGUGGGGGUUACGAAUCUGGUGCAGGUGCUAGUUAUGGAGGAGCAGGUGGGCUGUAUGGAAGGGGAGGCUAUAGUGGCAGUAGUCGGUAUCAUCCUUAUGCAAGAUAGAAUGAAGUUUGAUGCAGUUGCUUAAGCUUUGCGUAGAAGUUCCAAACAGGGUCCUAUAGUUUAAAAAAGCCUUGUGAAAUUGAUAGGCACUGUCUCACAUGCACUAGAAGUCUCCUAUCACUGCGAUUGAGGAAGCUUUUAAGGAUAAGAAGAUCACUCUAUUAGAUUAUUUCUUCUAUGUAUUUUUUAGACAGACUUAGCUUUUGCUUGAACUUAGUUCUUGGUGUCACUUAUUCUAGUUAUUUUUUAAUAUAGUUUGUGUUGUAGACCAUAGUAUAUUGGUUUGGAGCUUGUUGGUAUUUUAUAUUAGUUAUAUCUAGAUAGAUAUAUCAUAAUUCA